AUGGCGAUCCCAUCAGAAUUGGUUUACAGGACUGACAGACUUAAGCUACUUUCAGUCGAAUUUCAGGCCAUUAGCGAUAAAGCGGAUCGGUUACAUGCCGGUUACGCUCAAUUGAACGAAAGAGCAAAUCAACGAGAUGCUGAACUCAAACAGCAUGUUGACCUCACUACACGAGCGCUGCACGCGUACGAACAAAUGCAUAACGAAUUGCUUGCAAAGAGUCGAGCGCAGGAUCAAUUGAAUAAUAAAAUCCUAGCCGCAGUUAAUGCUCAAAAUCAAAGUGGUACUAUACUACAGAAUGAGCUUGACACACAAAGAGAAUUGUUAACAAAUCACUCAAGACUUGCGUCAGCCACAAACCAGGUAAUCAAUGAUUUGCGGACGGGCGUAGAUCGUGUGAGAGAGACAGUUGAUUCUACUCGAAGUGAAUUGCAAUCAGAGGUGGGUCAAAUGAACAAUUCUCUGAUCGAAACAAGAAACACUGUGGAUGGCAAUUGUCGGCAGCUGCGAGACGCUUUAAUUGAAUGUCAAAAUAGCAUUCAGUUGCUGCAAUCUCGUCCGGCCCCAACGGGUAACGUCCAACAGUUUCCAAAUUUUGAAAAUUUGUUUACAACGCAUACAACGGACAUUUUACGCUCCAUUCCAGAGUUUGACACAAAAUCAAAUGAUUCGGUCAAACGUUUCAUUACAACAACCGACAUGUUAUGGACCGCGUUAGAUAACAAUCCGGCGAAUAUUGAACGGUUUAAUUUCAAUGUUAAACUCAAACUCGCGAAAUGUAACCAAUCAUUUUUGAAUAAAAUCCGCGAAUUACAAUGGCCGGAUAUUAAAUCUGAAAUCGUUAAAGAUUACUCUGUUAAUUCCGCGCGCGAUACCUUGGCUCAAAUCAAUACGGUAAAACAAAAAACCGGUGAGUCCUUGUUCGAAUUCGCGAAUCGUUGCAAAAAUUUACUGUACGACAUGAAUAGUUUUCUCGGAGCCAAUGCAGAUUCUGGACUCGAAACAAUUCAUGACAGAUCUGCUAGAAAGGCUUUUGAAAACGGUCUGUUGGACGGAAACUUGCGCAAUUUCAUUAAAAAUGUCGCAACAAAAAAUUUGCAAGAAUUAAUCGAUACCACAAUUGAACGAUAUGAACAAAAUUUAACCGUUGAAUCGCGACGGAUGGUUUGCAAUUACUGUUCGAAAAGCGCGCAUACAGAAAAAGAAUGCCGUAAAAAACAAAGCGAUUUGGCAAAGAAAAACCGUGAUCGAACAAAUCGUGACAACACAAAUUCCGGUAAUAAUCGUGAGAACACAAAUCGCGAAAAUUCAAAUCGUGGUAAUUCGAGCCAAUGGAGCAAUUCUCAAAAUCGUCAAUCAAACGGAUCGUCGCGAAAUUCAAAUCAAACCGGAAACAAUAACGGUCGUAAUUCAAAUCAAAACGGUAAUAAUUUUGGUCGGAAUUCGGGUCAGAAUGGCAAUAAUUUCGGACGUAGCCAGGGUGGAAACGGUCGGGAUUCAAAUCAAAGCGGUAACAACACCGCCUACACUUCGUAUCCAACUCGUGUUUUUGCAAGCACGAGCAACACCUUCUCUCCCAACCCGUAUGUUAAUAUGCAAUCGGAUGGUGACCAACAAAGUGCACAAACGCAUUUUCAUUCGGAAAACUAA